UGUCCAUCCAUCAAGAAAAGCUAGGCACAGGGCCAAGCAGUUCUGGAAUAGGCGUGUUUGUGCGUUUUCGGAUCAAGUGAGCGCGUCUGAAGUUUGCGGUGGCGGUCAUCACUUCCCACUGUACAGUUACGUUUCGAAAUAUGUUCGUGAUACUCGUUUGUUAGUGGAAUAUUUAAGGGAAGCAGAACCAUGGACGACCUGCCGGUCGAUCACGACGUAAUCGUCGUCGGAACAGGCAUGCCGGAGUCCAUCGUUGCAGCAGCCAUAGCCAGGAUCGGUCAACGAGUUCUUCAUUUGGACAAGGAAGCUCAUUAUGGCAGUCUCUGGGCGAGCUACAACUUCACAAGUCUACGGGAGUGGAUGUUUAAUCGGAGAAUCCGAGUGGAAGAAGAAACAGAUGCGUCCAGCUUUGAUGCAUUGCUCCAUGCCGGCGAGAGCUAUGUGUUGACUGCCCGCAACUACCCAGUCAUCUCAAACGCUAAAGAGAUUGUGAAUGUUCCCGAGUCCAUCCCGGACCGUCAAGCACCCAGUCCCUGCCCCGAGCAGCCGGAAGCAGCCGCCGACGUUAACCUGGCGGUUGGCGAGGCGUUGGUUUCGGCCUCGGCGGAAAGCAGCUCAACAGACGUCGAGAGCUGUCCAUGUCCCGAGUUGAUCUCUGCUCAUGAGUGCCCUCGCCCGGUGGCAGACGUCCCGGGUACAGACGACGUCGGCAAUGGGACGCCGGUCCCCACGAGCUCCGACGAAAAUGGCAGUCGGCCGACUGUCGCGGACCCCGCGGAGGUGAGCGGCAGCGACAACAGUUCGCUCGACGCGACGUUCGGAAGCAUGACACAACGUGGAGAGUCAUCGUUGGAAUCCGACGGAGCGUCCGGUUCUGCCCAAAACAAGGUCCAAGUCAAGGAAGAGUGGUCCUUGGCGAAGAUGAUCGGCGUCUCUCGCAAGUUCAAUCUGGAUCUUGCGCCCAAGCUCCUGUUCAGCAGAGGUCCCCUCGUGGAGCUGCUGAUUUCCUCCAACAUCGCCCGUUACGCCGAGUUCAAGGCGGUCACGCGAAUCCUGACGCAUCACGAUGGGACUCUGCAGCAGGUCCCGUGUUCGCGGGCAGACGUCUUCAGCUGCAAGCACGUGACCGUCAUCGAGAAGCGGAUGCUGAUGAAGUUCCUCACCUUCUGCAAGGAGUUUCAGCAGCACCCCGAGGAAUACCGAGGGUUUGAAGGAAAGCCUUUCAGGGAGUUCCUGAGCACAAGGCAGCUGACACAGAACCUGGAGCACUACAUUCUUCACGCCAUUGCCAUGGUGGAUGAUCAUACCCCUACUCUACAGGGUCUGAAGUCCACACAGAAGUUCCUGGAGUCUCUGGGGAGGUAUGGGAACAGUCCGUUCCUGGCUUCUCUGUACGGAAGCGGAGAGCUGCCUCAGUGCUUCUGCAGAUUGUGUGCCGUCUACGGGGGCAUCUACCACCUCCAGAGGGGACCCGGUGCCAUUGUGCGCAACGAGCAAGGUGCCUGUGUCGGAAUCAUCUCCAAUGGCAGACGCUUCAACUGCAAAUGGCUUGUGAUGGAGUCUAGCUAUGCACCACAAGAGUUCAAGCCCACUGAGGGAUUCCACAGGGUGUCAAGGGCCAUCCUGGUGACGGACAGGUCGCUUCUCCCAGCUGAAAAAGAGCAGAUCACGUUGCUCCGGGUGCCGAGGAAAGACGGAGUCGGUUCGGCGGUGCUGGUCCAAGAAAUGGGUCCGGGGAUGAUGGUGUGCCCUGCCGGACUCUUCGUGGUUCACCUGACGUGUCCCAGCGUUGGAGAGGACGCGGAAGAAGACCUGGAGCCCGUGGUGAGGCUGCUCUUCAGCCAGUCGUCGGACGAGAGUGAAGAAGAGACGAGACCCCGAGCCCUGUACCUGGUCUACUUCAACUCCGAGGACACCACGGGGAGCCCGUUGAACCGGAACUGCCCUCCCGGCUUGAUCCUGGUGUCCUCUCCUGGACCUUACUUGGACUACGAACGUCCGGUGAACGAAGCCAUGGAGGUCUUCCGUACCAUGUACGCCAACGAGGAAUUCCUUCCCCGUGCCCCCGACCCCGAAGAAAUUCUGUUGGAGUACGAGAAUAACCCUGGAGAUCACGAACCACAGGAAGACGGAAAUCACGACGAAACCGCGUCAGAAGGGAAGGACACCGACAAAGAUGGGCGUGGAAAAGCUGAGCCUGACACACCGAACCAGGGCAAACCGGAGCAGGCAAGCAAGGAGCUAGAAGACAAAGAAAGGGAACCAGAAAGCGGCAAGGGAGACGAUUCUAAUGCUUCAAAACGUACAGAGAGUUUGUCAAGUCCCAGCAAUGCUAGCUUCUCGGGCGACUCCUAAUAAUGUUUCUCGCUCCCGUCGCCAUUGUUUUUUGUUUUUCUCGUGUCUUCAAAAUGUAAGUUAUCGCUGGCGAUACCUGAAUGAUUUUUUCUUCAUGGGUGCUACUUCUUGUUCUUUUUUUUUUGGUGGAGUCACAAUAAACAUAUUAAGGUAAUCCUUA